AUGAGUGCCAUCCUGCGGGUGGAGGGCAAGGCGGACGAGCUGAUCCUCAUUGAGCUCCAGAGCACGAUGUACAUGGAGGACGGCUGUUAUUCUUACUACAUGCUCUUCAAUGACGGGUCCAAGCUGGCAGACCAGGACCUGGGUAUCCUGGAGGUGACCAAGGAGGGCAACGCCACCCUGACCAACGGCCCGCGAGCUUUGUACGGGAAGAUGCAGGAGCUCAAGAGCCCGCUGGUGCUCAUGGAGAGAAAGGGGCAGGAUGGCGACGUCAUCCUUGCCGCCAGAGGUGUCGUACAUCGGAAGGCGGUCUUCAACCAGCGGCCGCAGCUGUCUGUGUGA